AUGUCGAAAGUUGUCAGUAACAAGGAGAAGAAAUCCUUCAGUAAAAAACUCUUCCGGAGGAGCUCUGUCCGCUCCGUUGGGAGCUUUAUGAACAGAGUUCUCCGGACUCUGUCCACUCUGUCUCAUUUCGGCACCGACGAGCAGGCCGCCGAGGAUGAGAAGGACGACGCGACUCUGAUUCCGACCACCACCGGAGGCUCGGUCCCGUCCGACGACAGCGACUGUGGGGGUUUCCCCUUCGGAGACAAGGUGCCGGGGGUAGCCGGACUCAAGAACCACGGAAACACCUGCUUCAUGAACGCUAUCCUGCAGUGCCUGAGCAACACGGAGCUCUUUGCCGAGUACCUGGCUCUGGAGCAGUUUAAAGGGGGAGAGACGACCAGCAGCAGCAACGAUAAGGCCAAAUCCAACGGGGUGCUGGUGCAGAAGAAGGCGAGCCAGCAGCAGCAGGAGGCCGGGGAGGUGACCGAGCAGCUGUCCGGUCUGGUUCGGGCUCUCUGGACCUUUGAGUACACACCUCAGCACAGUAGAGACUUCAAGAAUGUAGUGUCCAAGAGCGCCCUUCAGUUCAAGGGUAACUCCCAGCACGACGCACAGGAAUUCCUCCUCUGGUUGCUGGAUAGAGUUCAUGAAGACCUCAACCAUAUCGUCCACCCUGACAUCAGACCCCCCAGGAAGCCUCCAGUAGAGGAGGAAAAUGCCCCUGAAGGAUCUCCACUACCAGCACCUGGCUCUUUUGUACAGGAGUUGUUUCAGGCACAAUACAGGUCCUCCCUGACUUGCCCUCACUGCCAGAAACAGAGCAACACCUUUGAUCCUUUCCUCUGCAUCUCACUGCCAAUCCCGGUACCUCACACACGGCCGCUGUAUGUGACAGUGGUGUACCAAGGAAAGUGCUCCCACUGCAUGAGAGUCGGGGUGGCGGUGCCUCUUUCUGGCACCGUGUCCAGGCUGAGACAAGCUGUGGCCCAAGAGACCAAAAUCCCUGCCCAACAGAUCGUCCUCACUGAAAUGUACUUUGACGGCUUUCAUCGCUCCUUCUGUGACGAUGUCGACGACCUUGAGAUCAUUCAGGAGAGCGACUCCAUCUUCGCCUUCGAGACACCUGAGCUAUUCAGACCGGAGCAGAUUCGCUCCAAGCGAGGCGGGAGCCCACACGCAAAUCUCAACCAGAACAACUUAAAGUAUGGCACAGAUAAUAACAGGAUAUCCACACAAAUACAAGAGCCGACAACCCCGCCUCAGAGUCCCAAUAAGAAUAGUGGACAGGCUGAGAAGAUCGUCCUGUUGGUGUGUAACAGAGCCUGCGCUGGACAGCAAGGACGCAGGUUUGGUAAUCCUUUUAUUCUGUAUUUGGAGCGCACAGUGACAUGGGAUGUACUUCAGAAAGAGAUCUUGGAGAAGAUGCGGCAUCUUUUGCGCCCUGGAGUCUUUGUGCAGGUGGGGCCCUUCACUCUGCGUGUGGUAGGAGUGGUUGGAAUCACAUAUCUCUUGCCUCAGGAGGAGCAGCCGCUCUGCCAUCCCUCCGUGGAGAGGGCAUUCAAGUCCUGCGGUCCCGGAGGGCCACCUCAUGUCAAAAUCGUUGUUGAAUGGGACAAGGAGACGAAAGAUUAUCUGUUCAAAAGAACGGAGGAUGAAUACAUCCCAGAUGCUGAAAGCGUACGUCAAGUAAAGGAGCAGCACCUGCAGCCUCAGACCUGCUCACUUGCCCAAUGCUUUCAACUCUACACCAAAGAGGAACAGCUUGCUCCUGAUGAUGCGUGGCGAUGUCCACACUGUAAGCAGCUUCAGCAGGGCAGCAUCAAGCUCAGUCUGUGGACCCUGCCAGACAUCCUCAUACUGCACCUGAAACGCUUUAGACAGGAUGGGGAUCGAAGAAUGAAGAUGCAGAACAUGGUGAAGUUCCCGCUCACGGGCAUGGACAUGGCACCCCAUAUGGUAAAGAGGAGCCAGAGCAGCUGGAGCCUCCCCUCACACUGGUCACCGUGGAGACGACCUUAUGGAUUGGGCCGUGACCCGGAGGACUACCUUUAUGACUUGUACGCAGUGUGUAAUCAUCAUGGGACCAUGCAGGGAGGACAUUACACAGCUCACUGUAAGAACUCCAUAGAUGGACAGUGGUAUUGCUUUGAUGACAGCGAUGUUCAGCCCAUAUCUGAAGAUGAGGUCUGCAAGCAGACUGGUUACAUCUUGUUUUAUCAAAGACGCGCUACAAUUCCAUCUUGGUCUGCCAACAGUUCUGUGGGAGGAUCCACCAGUUCCUCUUUGUGUGAGCACUGGAUCAGUCGACUGAUGGGCAGCCGUCCACCGAGCCAAGCCUCGUCUGGUUCCUCCAGACGCACCUCGCUGGCCUCCCUCUCUGAGUCAGCUGAGUUUGCUGGUGAACGGAGCGAGGAUGAUGGCUUAUCGAGCCGGCCAGCAGUAAGGGGCAUGCAAAGACAAACAUUCUCCUCAAGAUCUUCCAUUGCCAGCCCGCUGGCGCUUAGUGAAAACGGCACCAAACCAUCCUGGUCCCACUCCGCUAAGCUCCAACUCCGCUCCAACUCUCCCUCGCGCUUUUCCCUGGAAUCCCACUCCUCCUCUCCGACACUGGAAAGGAUAGGAGAGGUGGUUGAUACCAAGCUGACAACCUCCUGCUUCCCUGGGUCACCUAAACUAGACAAAGCAUUGGGGGGAAAGUCUGCCCUUGCAGCUUUGGAUGGCAAUGUAGGCAGUAAGAAGCUGUUAGAGCAGGUUCACUCUAAGGCUGUGGCUCAGGCAGAGCAGAGGAGCCCUCUCCAGACUGGGGACAACAACAAUCUAGUCGCUGCUUCUGAGCAGAUCAGUCCUCGACACGGGGCAGCUGCAAAGGACCCGAAGCUUAGAAAUGGGGCUGCAGAUAGUGCUGGUGUUAAAAGGACCUCAGCAAGUCCCAAGAAGCGUCCUGCCACCUCCUCAACAUCAUCCAGCUCUCUGUCCCCUGCAUCCCCAGCCGUUGACAAGUUACCAUCUCGAACACAGACAAAGAGUGCAGCAUCAGCAUCGACCACAAAGGAAAAAAGCGACGGUCUACCUAAAACUAGCAAGGCUGGUUCCUCGAGAACAGCAACCCCCUCCAAGAAAGGUUCCCAAACCCCGGAGGUAUUACAUCCGGACUCUGCCCAACAAAAGAAGAGCGGUUCUCCGGGAUCACAAAGCUCCCACCCUCAAAGGAGGACAUCACCCAGAGGGGGAGGCGAGAAAAGCUCAGCCUCAGGAAGGACUAAAGCAGCAGACAGGAGCACGAGCCGAGAAUCCUCACGGACGAAUGCGAUCUCAGAGAAGAAGGUUAACCAGAGCGGUCCUCCCUCCAGGACGAGCGCUGCUAGCAGAGCGGAAAGCAGGCCGGGCCGUGCUGCUGAGAACAGGGCGGCGGGCCGGAGUUCGAGCAGUAGUUCUUCAAUGGCUAGUCUCCGAUCCUCAAGUGUGGGUGUUUCCUCUGCAAGCGCAGCCCCGCCGCCAUCAAGGGGGGCUCGACGGAACAGUAAGACAGAGGACAAAGGUUUAUCUUUCUUCAAAACCGCUCUGAGGCCAAAAGAGACCCGUAAGUCAGCGGAUAGUGGGAAAGCAGGGGCAGGAGAGGCUAAAGCAAGUCCAGAGGAGGGUGGUGGGGACGCAGCUAGAGAGGGAAUCCCCAAGAAAGCCCAGAAUGUGGCUUCAGAAGCCCAAAGUAAUGUGACCACAGCCAAAGACAAGGAAUCCUCGAAGGCGUCCGCUGCAGCUAAGCAUUCACUGCUGCCCUCCACAAAGUCCAAGACAGCCGGAGCAGAAACAACCACCCAGUCGUCAGCCAAUGCAAAAGACCCUUCAAAGAAAGAGCCUACUAAAAAGACAAUGCAGUCCAGGAAAAUCCCCAUCAACUCUACACAAACUAGCCAGAGGGCCAAGUGACAUUAUUUGAAAGGCCUGUAACAAUCUCUCUAGUGCAGCUCUGAGGUGUUUUGACCAUCAAAACCAGACCGAUCGUCUGACAAACAUCUUUAAAGCACCUGUAGCUUUUUCAGUAGUUACUGAAUACCAGCUGCCAUACUGGACACUUCCUGUCCACAUUGUUAAAUAGUUACUUAGGAAUGGAUUUUAAUGAAGCACUUUGUAUGGAUUGCAUUGAUUUUGAGGAAUAUAAUACUGUAAUGUAAAUAAGCAUGGACUGCACAUGUAUUGAAAUUAUUGCCUUGUUCUGUCUGUAGCAUAGUUGGGAGAAGUCCAUCUUCAAUAGGAGGUGAAAAUAAAAGUGACUUUGCACAAGAUGGAAAGCGGAUAUAAACUUUUACGUCAAACAUGGACUCCUCAGUCACCAAAGGACGUUUACCGGCAAUUUUUAACAUGCUGAUGCAGUGAAAUAUUUCCAAAAAUCUUUAUGUACAGCUCUCCGUCAGUAUUGAGAGCCAUAUGUCGACAAACAUCAGUGCCUCAGAUAAUCAAAGUAUUUAAUCUAAAUUGUAUAAUUGCAGGUGUUGGUAAAUUUAUAAUUCAAUUUUAAUAUUUAUAAAGCACUGAAAAUGUAAUUUCAAGUCAAACACAAUUAAGCCUAUUUAACCUGAACCGCUGUUUACAUAUGCUCCUUGGUGUAGUAAUUGUGCAACAGCCUUUAAGAAGUAUUUUUGUGCAGCCAGAGCGGAGAUUGUUGUCGAGAGGCAGGCGAAAGUGCAGGAAUGAAGCAUGUGUCGUUGGUGUUAAAUGUCUGGAGACUUUCGGUUUGUAAUGGUUCUUAAAUGUUUGUGUUUUAUUUACUAGUAAAUAACCUAUUACCCCUCAGACAAACCUCCCCCGCCUGUCACCACCUCUGCCCUCCAGCUGCUGAUGCCAACACUCAACUGCGGUGUUCCUCACGGGGAUCAGCCUCUUCAGACUGCCAGACAUCUCCAAACAUUCCUCUCAGAUGAACACAGGGUUAAUGUAAAAAGCCACCACGCACACACACACACACACAUGCUCAAAGACAGCUGGGAUGCCUUCGUUGAAAAAAAAAAAUCACACAAAAAAAACACCAUACAUGUACAUAGAGCAUUAUGGUAUGUUUGAGCCAUCUUCUGUCCUCACGUGUGACAUCACAGCUUGUGCACAUCUCUAGCUCGCAUCGCAGAGUAGGUUGAACGCACGGAUGCAGGUCGAGAAAAAGAGAUCACCACUCACGGAAUAUAUGACAGUUGUUGCAUGAUAAAUUGCUUAUGCAUGCACCUAACUAUGCAAGCAGAUUCUUGCUAAUGCCCACACUGAGUAUGUAGACGUGCUACUCUUGGAUGUGUAUAUAUUUCUAACUGUAUAUUUUUCCAAAUGCCAGCAUCAGAGAGCAUGUUAAGGCAUCCUUUAUUGACGCUUUGUUUGCACAUUUCUUCAAAGUAAUACACAUUUUGUAUGAAUGAUAAGUAUUGCUCAUUCACUCCUCUCAAAGUAAAUCAACUCACUUGCAAAUUAAUGUUUUCUGUAUUCAUUUGUCUCAUGU